AUCGAUAUCUGAAUCAUUGUAUUAUUUAUAGUUUUCUAUAUAUAUAGUGAAGAGAAUAGUACAAUAGACGCUAAUUGCUGGCUUGAUUACAUUUGGUUGUUGUUGCAGAGAAUAAGCAAAUCUCGUAGUUCUCAUUCUUCUUCUUCUUUUUCUUUCUUUUUAAUUAUUCCAUACAGAAUAGUAUUGUGUUAGGGUUUGCAAAAAUGGAAGGUGAAGAUCACUUGGCUUUCGAAAGGAACAAAGCUCAAUUCGAUGUCGACGCGAUGAAGAUCGUUUGGGCUGGUUCUUCUCACGCUUUUGAAGUCACUGAUAGAAUGUCUCGCCUUGUUGCCAGCGAUCCGGCAUUUAGAAAGGAUAAUAGACCCAUGCUUGGUAGGAAGGAGUUAUUUAAGAGCACUUUGAAGAAAGCAGCUUAUGCAUGGAAAAGGAUUAUUGAGCUUCGUCUUACUGAGGAGGAAGCUGGCAAGCUAAGAUCCUUUGUGGACGAACCAGCUUUUACUGAUCUUCAUUGGGGAAUGUUUAUUCCUGCUAUCAAAGGACAAGGAACCGAGGAACAGCAGCAAAAGUGGCUUCCUUUGGCACAUAAGAUGCAAAUAAUUGGUUGCUAUGCCCAAACUGAACUUGGCCAUGGAUCUAAUGUUCAAGGGUUAGAAACAACAGCAACAUUUGACCCCAAAACAGACGAAUUUGUUAUUCAUAGCCCCACAUUGACUUCAAGCAAAUGGUGGCCUGGUGGGUUGGGUAAAGUGUCAACACACGCUGUUGUUUAUGCCCGACUAAUUACUGAUGGUAAAGAUCACGGAGUGCAUGGCUUCAUUGUCCAGCUGCGGAGCCUGGAUGAUCACUUACCUCUUCCUGGUAUAACUAUUGGCGAUAUUGGAAUGAAAUUUGGAAAUGGAGCAUAUAACACUAUGGACAAUGGGGUUCUGAGGUUUGAACAUGUACGAAUUCCAAGGAAUCAAAUGUUAAUGAGGGUUUCACAAAUUACAAGGGAAGGAAAAUAUGUACAAUCCAAUGUCCCGAGACAAUUAGUUUACGGUACUAUGGUAUAUGUGAGACAGACAAUUGUAUCUGAUGCGUCAACUGCUUUGUCGAGAGCUGUUUGCAUUGCUACAAGGUAUAGUGCUGUUCGAAGACAGUUUGGGGCAAAUAAUGGAGGUCUUGAAACACAGGUGAUAGAUUAUAAAACACAACAAGCUAGGCUCUUCCCAUUACUAGCCUCUGCAUAUGCUUUCAGAUUUGUUGGUGAGUGGUUGAAAUGGCUUUACACGGAUGUUAUGAAAAGAUUGCAAGCCAACGAUUUUUCGACAUUGCCUGAGGCUCAUGCAUGCACUGCGGGGUUGAAGUCCUUGACCACCUCAGCAACUGCUGAUGGAAUUGAAGAAUGCCGCAAACUAUGUGGUGGCCAUGGUUAUCUUUGUAGCAGUGGUCUCCCGGAGUUAUUUGCUGUCUAUGUUCCUACCUGCACAUAUGAAGGAGACAACAUUGUGCUGCUUUUACAGGUUGCAAGGCAUCUCGUGAAGAUUGUUUCAAAGUUGGGUUCUGGAAAAAAGCCUGUUGGUACAGCAGCUUAUAUGGGACGAGUGGAACAACUGAUGGAAUUUCGGUCUGAUGUUCAGAAAGCGGAGGAUUGGUUGAAUCCUAAUGCAGUGCUGGCAGCAUUUGAAGCUAGGGCUGCUAGGAAGUCGGUUGCCUGUGCUAAAAAUCUUAGCAAGUUUACGAAUCCUGAAGAGGGUUUCCAAGAACUCUCAGCUGAUCUAGCUGAGGCAGCUGUUGCUCAUUGCCAGUUGAUCGUUGUUUCCAAAUUUAUUGAGAAGUUGCAGCAAGAUAUACCUGGAAAGGGAGUGAAACAGCAAUUAGAAAUUCUUUGUAGUAUUUAUGCUUUGUUUCAUCUUCAUAAGCAUUUGGGUGAUUUUCUUUCAACUGGCUGCAUCACUCCCAAACAGGGUUCACUUGCCAAUGACCAGCUCAGGUCCUUGUAUUCACAGGUUCGUCCUAAUGCAAUUGCACUUGUUGAUUCGUUUAACUACACGGAUCAUUACCUCAGUUCAGUUCUUGGCCGUUAUGAUGGAAAUGUGUAUCCAAAGCUAUAUGAGGAGGCAUGGAAGGAUCCAUUGAAUGAUUCAGUUGUGCCAGAUGGCUUUGAAGAGUAUGUUCGACCGAUGUUAAAGCAACAACUUCGUAAUGCUAGACUCUAAAUAAGUUUUAUAACUGGACUGCUGACCAGGGUCCAGGAGGAAGUUAUGUACACUUCCAAUAAAGACGGGUAAUGAAGUUGUAGGGAAGGAAAAAUAAAAAUGUUUUAUUACAUACAUGUAGAAAUUUCAAGAACUCUUCAAGAAAGUUCGUUUCCUUGGUGUCUGGCUAUUCACGAGAAGAGCAUGCAAUUUGGGGAAAUGUCAAAGAUAAUUUAUUUAUCUAAUUAUUCAGUAGUAGAGGCUAAUGUCUUAGGCAAAAGCCCAGGACUUUUGAUUAUAUAUAGAAUUGCACUACGCAGGACUUAGUGUCCCUUAAAGAAAAUGCUUAGAAAUAAUGUAUUGCUAAAUUUUACAUGUGUAUUCCAUAUCAUUUGGUUUAGUGAAAUGUGAAGACUGAAGAGUUAUACUAAUUGGAAUUUGGAAUAGUCACUUUUGAAUUCAUUGGA